AGCUGCAAUCGACAGCACGAGCACGUUGUGUUCUGUUGUGUUGUGUUGUGUGCGGCGCACUUUGAAAUUGAGUGUGCGUUUUUUUUUUGGCUGUUCUUGAUUAACAUAUAAUUCGAGAUGACAAAGACAGCGCCAAAGGGGCGCAAGAAGCCGCCAGCACGUUACUUUGAUGUGGCAGCCGGCAAAUCCGAAGAUGACAUCGCGAAUCCCAUUAAACUGAAACGCCGGAAUCAACAAAAUUUCAAAGGCGACUUCCUCAAGAUGCAGUCGCACUACAAGAAGCAGAAAUUUGACAAAAAGAAGCCAACAGGCAGCCAAGAUGAUAAGCCGAAAGUGCCAAAGAUAUCCAAGGAACUGAUGGACAAAUAUUCACGUGGCGAUGCCGUCGAUUCGCGCGGCAUCAAAACGCGCCACUUCAAGGAGCAGCAACAGCGCAAAGAGAUCUAUUUGGAGUAUGCUACUGAGCAGGCGGCACGCACAGAGCUACUGCUCCAAGAGACAGCCGGUCAGCUGGAGGCCGAUGCGGAGGAGACAACAGCCGGUUAUCGUCAGGAGGAGAUUGCCGCAAAUGUUGAUCUGCAAUCGGCCGCAAAGCAUUUUGCACUCAAACUGGAUUUUGGGCCAUACACGAUGCGAUAUACAAAGAACGGACGGCAUUUAUUGUUGGGCGGUCGGCGUGGUCAUGUCGCCGCUUUCGAUUGGGUCACCAAGAAACUGCACUGUGAAUUCAAUGUGAUGGAGACCGUUGCCGAUGUCCAGUGGCUGCAUGUGCCCACCAUGUAUGCAGUGGCUCAGAAGGAAUGGGUCUAUUUCUAUGACAAAAAGGGCACCGAGCUGCAUUGCGUCAAGCGGCUGACCCGUGUCAAUCGCUUGGACUUUUUGCCAUAUCAUUUUUUGCUCGCUGCUGCCAAUUCAGCUGGCUAUGCAUCGUGGCUGGAUGUGUCAAUUGGUGAGCUCGUUGGCAAUUUCAGUACGGGAUUGGGUGAUAUACGGCAUAUGCGUCACAAUCCCAGCAAUGGUGUACUGUGCAUCGGUGGCGGCAAGGGUGUCGUCUCCAUGUGGUCACCCAAAGUGCGUGAGCCACUGGCCACGAUCCUCUGCCAUUCGACGGCAAUGACAGCGCUCACCGUGGAUCCAAAGGGUAUGCAUCUGGUCACCGCUGGCCUGGAUCGCAUGGUCAAGGUGUGGGAUAUACGAAAUCUGAACGAUACACCAUUGGCCACAUUCCGUCUACGUUUGCCCGCCAACGAGCUGGAUGUAUCGCAACGGGGCAUGUUGGCCCUGUCGCAGGGAACCUAUCUGGAAACGUAUACAGAUGUGUUGGAGGGCGGCGGCACUGGCCUAAGGGAUAAGUUGCCCUAUCUGCGUCAGCGUUGCGAUGCCUCUGUCCAUGGGUUGCGCUUCUGUCCCUAUGAGGAUGUGCUGGGCGUCUCAACGGCGAAUGGUUUCCAUUCGCUGCUGGUGCCCGGUGCCGGUGAGCCCAAUUAUGAUGCCCUCGAGGAUAAUCCUUAUGAGACGUCAAAGCAGAGACGUGAGCACGAGGUGCACGCCCUGUUGGAAAAGAUACCGCCCGAACUGAUCACCCUGGAUCCGCAUGAGAUAACUGGUGUGGAUGCGCCCACGCUCCAGGAGAAGAUCGAUGCCAAGCGGCAGCUGUUCCACUUGAAGCCGCCACGCAUCAACAUUAAUCCGCGUCACAAAAUGAAGGGGCGUGGCGGCACCGCUAAGGCGGCACGCAAUAAGCAAAUUGUGAAAGAUAUGCAGCGCAAGGACUUCAUUGCGGAGGUGCGCAAAGCGAAGAAGGGCGUUAUUGCAGAUCACAAGCUCAAGAACGAUGGCGAUGCUGGUCAGCAGCCCAAGGUCAAAAAGGAGAGACCUGUUCGCUCCGUCUUGGAUCGGUUUAAGCCCAAGCAACAGAACCAACAGAAGUCCAGGAAAUGAAUACACCAUUUGCUGGUUGUUGCUCUUUAUAAAUAUAAAUAUUAUCAAUUUUGUUUAGUUUCAUAUCUUAAUACUAAGGCUUUUCAAAUAUAACUAAGGAAUUCAAAA